AUCCAUUUAUUCUUCCCUUGAAGCCACACAACAGCCAUUAACCUUAGAAUGGAUGAAAUCUCAAUACCCUCAUCCUCAACAUGCGGUGGCCGGACAAUUGACCGGCACAACCCCAUCAUUCACGACCGAAGAAGAAUCGGAAAAUUAUCGCCACCUUACAACAAUCAGCUGAUUCAGAAUCACGACGACGACGACGAAGACAAUGAUGAUGAUGAUAAGGAGGAACAAGGGAGAAAAAAUAGCUUGAAAUUAGUCGACUAUGAGAGGAACAACAACAAGGCAUUACCAACUUCUUCUUGUUCUUCUUCUUCAAGAUACCUUUUGGAUGAUGAUUCUAGCAGCUUGUCGGAUACUAUAUUAGGUCAUUUCCAAGACCCUGUUCCGACCAAGAAGAAGAUAACGUUUACUGACAAGGUGGUGAUCAAGUCUGACAACUUCUCUACAUCAAUUUUUUCUCCUUUAUCAUCCUCCUCCUCCUCCUUUCCUCCUCCCACUAGCACUCCUGAUAAUCAGGUUGUUGUCAUUAGGGUUUCACUUCAUUGUAGAGGUUGUGAAGCUAAAGUGAGGAAGCACAUCUCUAGAAUGAAAGGGGUUACAUCGUUCAAGAUAGAGUUCACGGAGAAGAAGGUGACGGUGGUUGGGGAUGUGACGCCGUUAAGUGUGCUGGCCACCAUUUCCAAGGUCAAGAAUGCGCAGAUCAUCUCUCUUCCUCCUCCCACAUCUGGCCCAAUUUUGUUGAAUGAAUUUCAAUCAUAAAUAAAACUUGUUUUAAUUGUUUUGUUAAUUCUAAAAUAAUAAAUAAAUAAUUUAUUGGACU